AUGUUCAACGAUGAAGACUUAGAUGUGUUAUUAAGAAAAAUAUAUAAUGUUUCCGAUACUGAAACGGAAAUCGAUCCAGCUGAUUUAAAUCUAUUAAGGUUAAGUUUAAUUGCACCAGGUACGAAUUGGUGUGGGCCCGGAAGUGAUGCGAGCGAUUAUGACGACCUUGGAACGGAAGUAGAAACGGACAAGUGCUGCAGGCAGCAUGACUAUUGUGCAGACAUUAUUCCCGCUGGAGAGACCAAACACAACCUGACCAAUGAAUCUUUCUUUACUCGAUUACAUUGUUCAUGCGACGAUGUCUUCAGGCAAUGCCUUAGAAGCGCUAACACUUCAAUGGCAAAUAAAAUUGGAACCAUAUAUUUCAACGCUAUUGGUACCAAAUGUUAUAAGAAAGACUAUCCCGUUACAGGAUGCAAUACGAGAGGAGGUACAAGCGGUACCCAACAUCAACGACGCUCAACUGUUAUUGAUUUGCCUGCUUCCGUUCUAGAAAUUUCAACCUCAAAAAUUGCGAUUGUGGAAGCUGAUGAUACUCAAUCUACGGCUGAAUUAGCAGCAGCUUUCGACGUUAGUAUCAAAACAAUGCUAGUCUAUUUGGAUCAAAUUGGCAAGGUAAAAAUGAUUGACAAAUGGGAGCCUCAUAAACUCAAUGAUCGCCAGCGCGAAGUACGUGUCGAGACGUGCCUUGCACUGCUCAACAGGCAUACAAACGAAGGAAUUUUGAACCGCAUUGUUACCUGCGCUGAACAAUGGAUUCUGUUUAACAAUCCCAAGCGCUCAGAAAGUUGUGCCGGUGUGAUUCAUAAUGACUUCUUACCAAACGAGAUGAGCAUUACUGCAGAUGUGUACUAUGAAGAACUGAACACAACGGUGGAGAAGCUCGCACGUCUGCAACCAGCUUUGGUCAAUUGCUCGUCUCCGCUACGCCUGCAGGACAACGCGCAACCUCAUACUGCACAACAGACGGUCUCCACGUUAUAA